UACAGUGCCAAAGGAGUGGCAAACCGGGGUGGUGGUUCCCCUGUUCAAAAAGGGGGACCAGAGAGUGUGUGCCAAUUACCGGGGUAUCACACUUCUCAGCCUCCCUGGUAAAGUCUACUCCAAGGUGCUGGAAAGGAGGGUUCGGCCGAUCGUCGAACCUCAGAUUGAAGAGGAACAAUGCGGUUUUCGCCCCGGACGUGGAACUACGGACCAGCUCUUCACUCUCGCAAGGAUCCUGGAGGGGGCCUGGGAGUAUGCCCAUCCGGUCUACAUGUGUUUUGUGGAUCUGGAGAAGGCGUAUGACCGGGUCCCCCGGGAGAAACUGUGGGAGGUGCUGCGGGAGUAUGGGGUAAGGGGGUCUAUCCUCAGGGCCAUCCAAUCCCUGUACUCCCAAAGCGAGAGCUGUGUUCGCGUCCUCGGCAGCCAGUCAGUUUCGUUCUCAGUGGGUGCUGGUCUCCGCCAGGGCUGCGCCUUGUCACCAAUCCUGUUUGUGAUAUACAUGGACAGGAUAUCGAGGCGUAGUCGUGGUGGGGAGGGGUUGCAGUUCGGUGGUCUGAGGAUCUCGUCACUGCUUUUUGCAGAUGAUGUGGUCCUCAUUGGAUCAUCGGCCUGUGACCUUCAGCACUCACUGGAUCGGCUGGCGGCCGAGUGUGAAGCGGCUGGGAUGAGGAUCAGCACCGCUAAAUCUGAGGCCAUGACUCUUAGCAGGAAACCGAUGGAUUGCUUACUCCGGGUACAAGACUCCUAUUACGGACAGCAGGAGGCUCGCAUUGGACACUUCCCCAGCAGCAUAGUGGAGGAGACUCAUCCUCUCAUGCCGGCCAGCACCGAAGUCAAGACUACUAAAUGGGACUUCUACUGUAACUGAUGUUGCCUUCACCAAUAAAGACAACAACAUUCUCAACUGCAUUACAAGAUAACUUGUUUUGAGUAUCAUAUGAUCUUACAAACAUAGUUGACAAUAAGUAGGUUUGCUAAUCCACACUUUUGAUAAUCAGAUUUUUUAAAAGAUAUGAAUAGCUCAUAUGAUUCUAGAUGCUGUCAGAUUUCAUAACUAAGGUUUACAAAUCACCGGCUGAAGAAAGGACCAUUACUGCUUAACGCUCGAUAUUUGACUUGUGUUUGUUUAUUUCGGUAAUACUCCAUAGUACUGUUUGUAUCUGUUUUGCAGAUAUUAAAAGUAUUUGUCAAAGUGUUAAAGUUAAAUACUGUGUUUUUAAAAGUAUCAAACGCAAUUUGUAUAACAAUUCCUUCUGUUGCUUGAUGAUUGUGCUCACUAAAGAAAUACGUGUUUCAGCUGAUCUUUUCAUUUGCUUAGAAAACAUUGCCUGUAUAGUUAUUUUACUAAAAAGUACCAAAAAUAAAACACUGAAUGAAGCAUAAAUGUUUAAAUAUGAUACAGGUGACUUUUGCAGUAGGAUCUAAUGCAAUAUAAUACAAAUCAUCAAAUCUUGAUGAUGGACUUUAAAAAAUGACACUGAAAUAAGGCACCUGGAACUAUUUUUGUAAGAGUAUCUAUUGUUUUAAGUCAAAGUUGAAAGUAUGAUUCAUCAGUUUCACCCCAGAUGUAGUGUGUGUUGUUAUGUGAAGUUCU